ACGCUGACAUUCACAAAAGGGCAACUGAGAGCGACCAGGACAGAACACAGAGGAACACAGAGACGAAGCUCAGCUGGAUCAACUGAACCGAAACACCCAGUUGGAACCCAUUUCCAGGAAUAGUAUUUGUUAAUGCUUAUUAGGGCGUUUCGUUAAUUUAUCUCGCUAACUAGCUAAAUAGUAACUAAGCUAACUAUGCGUUACCCUAACUGGUAACUAGCUGAGCGACCGUUAUUUCUGUAUUUUUUUUUUAAACAGAAGGAGAGAAAUAGCGUUAAGCUAGUCGUUUUUCACUCGAAUAGCUUGGUAAAUUGUGGACAUCUGGCUUUGAACGAGCUUUCUUUCAUUUUUUUUAAUACUAACAUUAACUAACUAAGCUAACCUACCUAAAAUGAUUUUAGGUUUGUCUACUCCUACCUUAAGUUGUCCUGGAUGAUUCAGCACACAAACGCGCCGAGACCCGUUACCACCAUCCACACCAACACCAACAUGGGAAAAGUGUUUCUUGAGCAGGGUUGAAUCAAGUCGUCUUUUUUUUUACUUUCUGACUUUUUUAAACUGCUCACAGACUCUAAAUCAAACUCGAUUACCUCGGGUGAAUUGUUGCUGAUCUUACUAUCAGCCCGCUUCUUGUACAAGGGGACGAUAUUUGGGAGUUAUGGUGGUGAACACGAUCCACUGGUUCAGGAAAGGCUUGCGGCUGCACGAUAACCCCUCACUCCUGGACUCUGUAGCGGGGGCGGACAGUCUGCGCUGCGUUUACAUACUGGACCCUUGGUUUGCAGGCUCGUCCAACGUUGGGAUCAAUAGAUGGAGGUUUUUACUGCAGUGUUUGGAGGACCUGGAUGCCAGCCUUCGCAAACUCAACUCACGCCUGUUUGUCAUUAGAGGCCAACCCACUGAUGUCUUUCCAAGGCUUUUCAAGGACUGGAAGAUCACCCGUCUGUCAUACGAGUAUGACUCUGAACCCUUUGGAAAAGAACGGGAUGCAGCCAUUAAGAAGCUGGCCAGUGAAGCAGGGGUGGAGGUCACUGUUAGAAUCUCCCACACACUUUACGAUCUGGAUAAGAUCAUUGAGCUAAAUGGAGGACAGUCCCCGCUCACCUACAAGCGAUUCCAGGCACUGAUCAGCACAAUGGAUGCUGUGGAAACUCCAGCAGAGACCAUUACCGCUGAGAUCAUGGGCAGGUGUGCCACACCUAUUGGCGAUGACCAUGACGAGAAGUUUGGUGUGCCAUCAUUGGAGGAGCUUGGCUUUGAGACGGAGGGUCUGUCUUCUGCCGUGUGGCCAGGGGGAGAGACGGAGGCUCUGACUCGUCUGGAGAGACACUUGGAGAGGAAGGCAUGGGUGGCUAACUUUGAGCGUCCCAGGAUGAAUGCCAACUCCUUGCUGGCUAGCCCUACAGGCCUGAGUCCUUACCUUCGCUUCGGAUGCCUCUCCUGCAGACACUUUUACUUCAAACUCACAGACCUCUACAGAAAGGUAAAGAAGAAUAGUGUACCUCCACUGUCUCUCUAUGGUCAGCUACUGUGGCGAGAGUUCUUCUACACAGCUGCCACCAACAACCCAUGCUUUGACAAGAUGGAGGGCAACCCUGUCUGUGUGCAGAUUCCCUGGGAUCGAAACCCAGAGGCACUCGCCAAGUGGGCAGAGGGCAGGACAGGUUUUCCCUGGAUCGAUGCCAUCAUGACCCAGCUGAGGCAAGAGGGCUGGAUUCACCACCUGGCUCGACAUGCCAUCGCCUGCUUCCUCACCAGAGGAGACCUGUGGAUCAGCUGGGAGGAGGGCAUGAAGGUGUUCGAGGAGCUGUUGUUGGACGCAGACUGGAGUGUGAAUGCAGGCAGCUGGAUGUGGCUGUCCUGUAGUUCGUUUUUCCAGCAGUUCUUCCACUGUUACUGCCCAGUGGGUUUUGGUCGCCGCACUGACCCUAACGGAGACUACAUACGUCGAUAUUUACCCAUAUUGAGGGGGUUUCCUGCCAAAUACAUUUAUGAUCCAUGGAAUGCACCCGAGGGGGUGCAGAAGCUUGCUAAGUGCAUAAUCGGGGUGCACUACCCCAAACCCAUGGUCAACCAUGCAGAGGCCAGCAGAAUAAACAUUGAGCGCAUGAAACAGAUCUACCAGCAGCUGACCUGCUACAGGGGUCUUGGGCUUCUGGCUUCUGUACCGUCCAACUCCAGUGGUAAUGGUGAUAAUGGAGGAUCAGGCUCUGGUGACAGCACACAGGAGGGCAGUGCUGCAGUGCACUUAACCCCAGCUUACCCUCGAGAAGAUUUCUCCGCAAACACACAAAGUGACCAACAACCUGCCCAGCAACAGAUAGGCUUCUCAGGAGCUGGUAGAGCUGGAUCUCACAGACAGGAUUCAAAGCAGGCACGAGGGAGAGGAACAGGUACUAUGAAGCGGCACAGUGAGGACCCAUCAUCAAGCAAUGGGUGCAAGAUUCAGAGACAGAGCUGUAACUAGCCACACUUACAGAGAUGUCACCUUGACCCACCUCUCCUCAGGCUGGCAACAGGACACGUUCCUAAAGACUGAAAUUCCCUAAAAGUACUCUUAUAUGUUCACGUCACGCCUUCACAUCUUCCACCUCAAAGUUUUUCCUCUAUGCUAGGCCAUAGUGUUGUUCCACAUGUAGUCCUUAAGUAAACUAAUGCUUUGGUACAUGUGACUAAACCCAGUUUAUAAGCUGUGUACAGUGGCAUACUGUGUAUAUUUACAGCACUGUAAGUAUUUACAGUGUUUGAUUCAUGUUGAAAUUGUCAAAGAAAAUGUCUGUUUGUGUUUGCCAGGUUUAUGUAUCAUGUUUUCAUUCAGGCACUCCAAUAUUUCAUGCAUAUUUGUCUCAUUUUGCAUAUGCAAAUCUGCGUGUCUUGCAUAAUCUUAUCGUUCGUGUUGCUGUAUCUGCCCCAUUUCUGAGAUUCCUGUUUUGCAAUGAACGUAAAAAUAGCACAAUGAGGUAGAGCUCAAUUUUGGUUUUUUUACUGAAAAAAGCAAACAGUGGUAACAAGCCAACUCAGCUUUAUUGAAUUCAUAUCACAUUUAAAUAUGAAGCUACAAUGAAGCUAUAAUGGCAACAUUAAUUAAUGCAAUUUGACCAAUUUUAUUUGUACACAUUGAAACCGAACACUGAUGCAUUGUGAAAUAUUUUAUGCAUUUGUUACAAUUAGAAAAUAACCAAGUGACUAAAGUGACCCCACUUGUUAUUUUUAUAUAAAGCAGAGAUGACGUUUAUCAAAUAAUUGAAUGGCUUAAGAGUCCAUUAAAGUAUGUUUUUCUACAACUACAGGGACAAUACAGCCUGCUAUGUAUAUAUGCAUGUACUGCAAGUACUUCAGUCACCAUACCUCUGUAUAUAAUACCUUUUUUCUUGCUUAGUUACAGACCAACUGUUAUUUUUUAUAUGGAAAGCCAUACCAGUUUGUUUUGAAUUAUUGGUAUGUGCUCUUUUUAAAGCCUCCUUAAAUCAUAAACAUUAGACCUGUU